CGGUAGUGCGUGAGCUUGUGUUUUAAUCGUCAAGGACUGCUGGUUAAUGUGGGAUAAUUUAGAAAACCAAAGCUAUGUUUCCAAUUAAAUUUCUUUCAAUGUGUAUUCCUUUUGUGUGUUUAAAUUAUUUUAAGUUCAGUAUUUUAACACGUUAAAAAAGCUAGGGUUUAAAUUAGGUACAUUUAGUGCUUUAAGCUUUGGCAGCGGUGUACGCCGAUACUAUAAACAAGUAGCCCUAAUGGUUCCUUCCCUAUCAGCGUCGGAGGGACUUUUUUUUUUUCCAACCGGUGGGUGGUUCUUUCUGAGAGGCGUUGCCGCAUACGCACUGCAGCUGUAUUAUAAGCCCGCUGCUCCUAUACCCUGUUUUAUACCGAGCGUACUCUGUUGCCACUUACAGAAACGUUAGUCUUACUUUGUUAGCUUGUGAUACGUUGCCCUCGCAAUGGCCGACUUCAUUCACGUCCCAGAAGAAGCUCCCGUUGUUCCCAAAAUAGACGUGACGGUCGAUGAGAACGACUACCGACCCGGUGCGCUGCGGCUAAUGAAGGAGCUCAGACCCAGCUGGAAACCGUCCGAAAUCAAAAUGAAGUUUUUCACUGAUGGAAUAACCAACAAGCUGCUCGGCUGUUACGUGGGCGCAGUCAUGCAAGAUGUGGUCCUGGUCCGUAUUUACGGCAACAAAACUGAGCUGUUGGUCGACCGGGAGAACGAGGUUAAAAGUUUCAGAGUGCUCCACGCACACCGCUGUGCCCCACGUCUUUACUGCACCUUCAACAAUGGCCUGUGCUAUGAAUUCCUGCAAGGCACUGCCUUGGACCCUGAACACAUACGCAGCCAACCUGUUUUUAUGCUUAUUGCGAGGCAGCUGGCCAAGUACCAUGCCAUCCAUGCCCAUAACGGCUGGGUACCUCGCUCUGACAUGUGGCUCAAGAUGGGCAAAUACUUUGCCCUUAUUUCCAAUUGCUUUAAGGAGCAUGAUGGGUUGAGCUUGGAGGUUCCCAGCCCACAGGCCCUCCGGAAGGAGCUGCUGUGGCUCCAGCAGAGUUUGUCUUUGCUGGACUCUCCAGUAGUUCUCUGCCACAAUGAUCUUCUUUGCAAAAACAUCAUUUAUAACCAGAGGGAAGGCAGUGUAAAGUUUAUUGACUAUGAGUAUGCAGGCUACAAUUACCAAGCCUAUGAUAUUGGGAAUCAUUUCAACGAGUUUGCAGGCCUGAAUGAAGUGGACUAUAGUCACUACCCGCAGCGGGCCUUUCAGCUACAGUGGCUCCGCUCCUACCUGGAGGCGUACAAGGAGCACAAGGGUCAGGAUGGCGAGGUUACUGACAAAGAGGUGGAGAUUCUUUAUGUUCAAGUCAACAAAUUCACCUUGGCGUCUCAUUUCUUCUGGGGUCUCUGGGCUCUGAUUCAGGCCAAGUUCUCCACCAUCGACUUUGACUUCUUGGGAUAUGCAACGCAGCGUUUCAACCAGUACUUCAAGAUGAAACCAGAGGCAGCUGCACUGACGUUACCAGAUUAAAAGCAGCUCCUGUUCUUUCAUCUUCCUGCUUUCUCCCUGCUCCUCAUAUGAUGACUGCAGGGCGCCCUCUAGAGGACUGCCUGAAGAAUAAAUCCACUUGAAAUUCCUGUUUGGUCCAUUUUCACAGACUGGAUAGAGAGCGGUCCGAUCAUCUGCAAAUGCUGGAAGUCACUUUUAAGAUGGACAGAUUUAAACCCUUUUAUAAUGUGAUGCACAUGUGGCUAAAUCGCUUUUUUAUUUAGUAGUUUCUAUUGUGUCUUGGAUGUGAACAUCAGAUCAUUAUACUGUACUUUGUACCUUUUCGAGAAGGUAACCUUUUAUAGGUGACCUGAACACUAAUUUGAUUGUUUUUAGAGAUGAAGUGAAGGCAGCAUCAAGCUCCGCCCCCUUCCUCAGUUGCUCUCCUGUGGUUCACUAGAGUAGCACCACUCUGCAGCUAGUUGGGACCUGCUGUUUUUGUCUCCUACAGGUUGUAGGGAAGCAUUUAGUGUUUACUUCUGAAGUCGCCACUGAGUUGAAGAGUUGUGCAUCACUUUAGUGCAGAUUUCUCCCUUACUUUGGCACUUAAAUGAUUUACAUAUUAAUGGCUUCCAGGAAGGCACCUCAGAGGGAUCGGACCAUUCCAUGUUCAUAAGGUCAGUCAUACGAUAGGUCAGCAGAUUUAACUCUCUAAGAGACUGAGCUCUACUGUUUUAGACCAAACAUGACGCUGUCUGUGGUCUCUUUCUGUACUUCAUACUGACGGAAUCACUCGCACACAGUGUGAUCUUUGGAUUAAUUGAACUUGUGAUAUUUGAGUUAACAUUGGGGUUUGUUAAAAUUAAUGGUCUGGAAAAUGGGAGGAGCUUGUCUGUUAAGUCAUAAAGAGAAAAACCAGAUUAAACGAAUAAAAAUAGCACUAGAUUUAUACAAAACAUUUAGAUUAAACGGGAUCUAAUACAUUUAAAUUAUAACCGUGAUAAAUUCUGCUGUUAAAAAUGUAAAGCAUUGCUUAUUAGAUUUAUAUUUUAUAUAAUUUGUGUUGUGAUACAUUCACUAACGGGAAGAUGCAGGGUGAUGAUGUAUAACACUGACUAGUCUGGAAUCUAGCCUGGUCUUGGCUGCUAAACACAUGUCAUGCUUGUUGCUUUUGCUAAUGUCUGUAGAUUAAAAUAAAUGUGAAGCAACAAGUGGGGAAGGGGCAAUGUUGCAUUAAUCUAAAUGUCAUACAGCUGGAAAAAACUGGUCACUUCAGCAGUUUAUCUGGCACCUCAUUAAACGGACCAUACAUUCUAGUUUUAUUUUUUUUUUUAUUUAACAUUUCUAAUCUUUGACAAAUUCCGAUGUCACUAAAUGCCUGGUUUAAAAUUACAAUUGGAUGAAAAUGGCUUUGUACAGUUACUGAAAGCUUUAUGAUAGUGAAAACUGAUUUCUUUAUCAAACAAGCCAACAACAGAUUGCUGCCCCUUUGCUCUAAUACUGUGUACAUUUCAGGACAUCAGUGAUGUAUUUCUUUUUUUUUUUUUUUUCCUAAUGAUGGAAAUCCUGUUUCGCAAACUGUCCAUUAAAUUUGGGAUUGAAUUUGUUGAAAAUGUUCCUGUUUCUGCACAUUACCUGCUUAUGAGCAGGUAUCCAAGGGUUAGUUUUGCUGUGUAACAUUUUUUAAACACCACUUAGUGAAGCUAAAAGCUUUAAAGCUCACUCUUUAAAUUCCUUAUCAUUUUUUUGUGACAUAACUUCAGAAUAAAAGGACAGUUUUAGGUGAACCCAACGCAGUUUAGAUUGAUGAAAAAGGUUGGAGAGUACUUGGAAGAGUACUUAAAGCAAACUCUUAUUUCACAAAUGUUUAGUAAUUAUAGGCAUUAAACCCAUUUCUGUCUCUAAAUCUGUGAUCUUAUUUCUGUUUUCUCAUGAUUACAUUUGUCAAUAUUUUAUUUUCACUAACCAAUGUGCACCUAAAUAUCUCUCCACUCUUCUAUGUACAGCAAGCAGAUGGAAAAUAUCUUUUGUGAAUAGAAAUGUACAUAGCAGAUUUAUUUUCAUUUGUUUUUUUAUUGUUUUAAAGACUGCAUCAAAUAGAAUGAUUGCCUCGUGUAAGAGGUUUUCUUGGAUGAAAUGAAAUGAUUAUGCUUUUUUGAAAAUAAAUUGUUUACGAUUGAAA